GGCUGGCGCUCCCUGGCAACCACGCGGCCCUUCCAAGUAUAGAGCGCGCGGCAGCGCAACGGCUGCAGUGAGCCAGAGGAGGCCAAAACGCGCGCGGCACGGCGAGGAUGGAGAUGGAGACGGAGUGGGUCGUUGUGGAGAUGGAGAACCAGGCGGCGGAGGAGGAGGGGAUGGGGAUGAGCUGGAAGGCGCUCUUCCUGCGGCGGGUGGUGAUGGCGGACGCCAACUGCCGCGCCGCCCACGGCCUCCUCGAGGACCUCGCGGCGGCCUUCGGCGAGCAGGGCCCGCUCAACACGGCCGCGGCCAGCGACGGCCCGGGGGAGGAGGAGACCCGCGGCGCCCUCGAGGCCGCCUCCGCGGAGCUCGGCCUCGCCGCCGCCCACAUCGGGGCCGCCCGCCACCUCGCCCUCCGCUACCGCGCCCGCCCGAUCCCCACGGAUCCGGCGCCGCCGCUCUCCGCCUCCGCCCCCGCCAGCGCCGCCGCCGGAGAUGAAUACCUCCUCGCCGACCCCGAGGUGCGGCGCGCGCUGGGCCUGCUCCGGGACGCGGCGAGGCUCGUCCGCGCCGUGCACGACCUGGUGGAGAGCGCCCGCGGCCACCUGGGCGCCGCCGAGCACCUGCGGCUGGCGCUGGGCAAGGACUACGACGACGACGACCGCGACGUUGCUGCUGGUGCCGCUCCCUGCCCCUGGCUGCACGGCCCCUGCGCCAGCGAGCGGCUUGGCGGCGUCUUGGACGUCGCCCAGGCGUGGGCGCACGCCACGGAGCUCGCCGAGACCACCGGAGAGGCGCGCGACACGGCCUUCGCCUUCAGCGACGUCUGAGGAGGAGGCCUCGGUCGAUCCAUGGCUCCGUGCGCUCCGGUCUCCUAAAUCUGCAGGGUUGAGUCCAUUCGCUUGCUCGAUUUCGUUUUGCUUUCCGCCGUAGCCACUCGCUUUGGUUCUCAACUUUUGAGCCAUGUCUCCUGACCGCGUGGAUGAUCCGAGACUACAAUUCAGUACGUACGUCGGUUAGUAGGUUGAUUAUCUUGCUCGAAUCCUAGGAUUGAUAGAUCGUCCAGUGCUGUUUUUGUUGAUCAAAUAUCCAUGUUGCUCUGUUGGUUGCUAUAUUCUCCCUUUUAGUCACUUGAGAGUUCAGGCUGCAAGUUUGCAGACCCGGGGCAGGAAAUUAUAUGUAGCUGUAACUGCAUCAUUCUUCUAAUCAGGUCAUUGAUCGAAAACUGCAGCGAAUUGAGCGAUCACUUGGGUUUGCCAUAUAGCUCA